UCACAGUUCCACUGCAUGCCCAUCACCUAUAUUUCAUAUCCACUCACUCCCACAGUCUCACUACCAAGCUUGCACCAAACUUCACUUUUUGCAAUAAAAGUUCAUGGUGAAAGGAGAGUUCUUGAGGCAGCAGUAACUCUCCCUCUUUACUGGUUAACUUUCUCCUCCUUUUCUUCCCUCUUACUUGCCCAAAAGCACUCUUCUUCCAUCUUUAAUAACAGAUCACCCAGCAAUCUUCAAAAGCUUAGACUAUGUUUCCUUGCAGCUUUGGUUCCAACCCUUUGACAUACAGCCCAACGUCCAUGCUUGAGAAAUCCUAUGCAAAUGACGGAAAGAGUAGCUUAGGGCAGGAAGAGCAUCCCUCAUCCUAUUCACACUUGCCGGCACCUUUUCUUGUGGACGAAGAUGAAGUAUUAUUGAGUCACCUUCUUUCACAGCAGCAGCUUUUUGUUUGCGGCAGCAUUUCUGAAUUAGCUCAGACUGAUCAAAAUAGUGCUGCGGCUUCAAACAAGGCAAUAGAUACCAAAGAUGACGAGCAGAUUCCUUGGAAAAGAGGGUUUCCGAAGAAGAAAAGUAACGGUGGCGCAAAACAGACAGAUCCCAGGAAGAGAAGUGGAAAGAAGGACAGGCACAGCAAGAUCUGUACAGCUCAAGGCCCGAGAGACCGCAGAAUGAGGUUGUCGCUUCAGAUUGCGCGUAAGUUCUUUGAUCUGCAAGACAUGUUAGGCUUUGACAAAGCAAGCAAAACCAUUGAGUGGCUGUUUUCCAAGUCCAAGACUGCAAUCAAGGAACUCACGGAGAACAUCUCACAAGUGAAGCGAAUUAGUUGCAGUACUACUGAAGACGGUGGUAAGAGCGUGUCAGUUACAUCCGACAGUGAAGUGGUUUCACAAAAUGUGGAAGGCGAAUUUUUUAAUUGCAUAACCAAAGAGAAAGCGAACAGAAAAUUACAUGUAGUUGCAAGGGAUUCCAGGGACAAGGCAAGAGCAAGAGCGAGGGAGAGAACAAGGGAAAAAUUGAUAAUCAGAGGCCUUGAUCAGGUAUCAAAACAAAUUUCUCAUGAAUGCGCAAACCCUAAUAAUUUGGGACAGUCAUGGUCAUCUAGCGCCCUUGAAACAGAUGAGGAAUCGUGUUUCCGCAUCCACGAGAUGAAAUCCUCUCUGAAAAUGGCUCAAGUUGAAGAACCUACCAAUCACUCGCUACAACAUCAAAUGAAUGGGAAACUUUUGGGCAUUGUGGGUGCACCAACAUCAUCUCUGACUUUUAAUUCCCAAGACGAUUUUCCUGGAUUUCCUGAAAAUUGGGACAACAACAAUGUUAAUAUGCAGUCUUUUUGCUGCAGAACGGCAAGCAGGAAGCCAUCCGAAGGGAGUGCAAUUCCCACUCUCACCUCAAAACCCCAAGUGAAGCCGUGUUCGAUUUUCACGACCACCAACAAUGCCCAAGAACGGAUACUUAAUUCAAUUUUCAUGACCACCCAAAGCGCCCAAGAGCAAAACUCUAGUUCAAUUUUCUUUACAUCCUUGAUUAAUCCUCAACAGCAAAACCCUAGUUCAAACAUUUUGGACAUCUCAAAUAAUUCGUUGCAUUCUUAUUUUCUAGAAGACCAAUUCUCUUGAAAUCCUACAGUGGGUGAUAGGAAUUGCAGUUUCUCUUCAGUGCAUGA